GAAAAGUGAAGGGGCACCUGGCAGUUAACAGAUGCAGGUCCUCAAUUGCCACAAGAGCUGUGCAGCUUUGGAUGCAAAACCGUGGGCAACAGCUCAUCCUACCAAGUGAUAUUGUUGCCUUAUGCUGCGAUGCGAAGAGGCAACGUGGCUCUUCUAUUACCAGAUACCACGGUUUGCACGCAGGCACAGCAAGGCAGCACCUGCUCUCGGCUGGCAUGCGAGGGAUGCUCUUCUGCAUCAUUCCCUAUGCCGGUCUUCGAUCCCAAGCCAUAGAGAUGCCUUCUGCUUGCAAGGCUGCUGAAAUGUGUUGAGCGCUGCCUCUCGUCUCCUAACCAUGAACAAUUCAAAAUCACCAGGGCUGGCUGGAUUUGGAAUCUUAAAAAACACAACCUGCCACACAGAGAAGAAGAUUUCCGUUUUCUUUUCAAUAAUUUUCAUGACCGUGGGAAUCUUGUCCAACAGUCUCGCAAUAGCAAUUCUCAUGAAAGCGUAUCAGAGAUUUAGACAGAAGUCCAAAGCCUCGUUUUUGCUUCUUGCUAGUGGCUUGGUCAUCACUGAUCUCUUUGGCCACCUCAUCAACGGAGCCAUCGCAGUGUUUGUGUAUGCAUCGGACAAAGACUGGAUUCGUUUCAACCAGUCCAACAUUCUUUGUAGUGUUUUUGGCAUCUGCAUGGUUUUCUUUGGUUUGUGCCCACUUUUCCUGGGCAGCGUGAUGGCUGUUGAACGUUGCAUUGGAGUCACCAAGCCAAUAUUUCACUCCACAAAAAUGACUUCUAAACAUGUGAAAAUGAUGUUGACUAUGGUAUGUCUGUUUGCUGUUCUUAUAGCUUUGCUGCCUAUUCUUAGGUUUAGAGCCUAUCAAAUUCAAGCAUCGAGGACCUGGUGCUUCUAUAAAACAGAACAUGUUGAGGACUGGGAAGACAGAUUUUAUCUCUUACUUUUUUCUUGCCUUGGGUUACUGGCCCUUGCUAUUUCAUUCUUGUGCAAUGCUGUCACAGGAAUUACCCUCUUAAGGGUCAAAUUUAAAAGUCAACAAAGACAAGGCAGAUCGCAUCAUUUUGAAAUGAUCAUUCAGCUCUUGGCUAUAAUGUGUGUUUCUUGCAUUUGCUGGAGUCCAUUCCUGGUGUCAAUGGCCAGAAUUGGGAUAAAUGCAAGUCAUUCAAAGGAGAACUGUGAAACAAUACUUUUUGCUCUCCGAAUGGCAACAUGGAAUCAGAUUUUAGAUCCCUGGGUGUACAUUCUUCUCCGGAAAGCUGUACUUAAAAACCUGUACAAGAUCACAAGGGGAUGUUGCGGCAUGCCCAUCAUAAACUUACACAUGUGGGAACUCAGCUCCAUCAAGAAUUCCUUAAAGGUUGCAGCAAUAUCUGAGUCACCAGUAAGUUCCAAACAAAUAAAUCUACAGCCGCUCAGCUCGACAGCACAAUAAAAUUAAACACAGCGUAUGAAGAGAUGAUGGAAGCAAUGCUUGUAGAUGGGCAAAACUUUACAAUGAAUUCUAAGGCUCGGUGGUUUGGCAUUUGUUUUAAAUUGUGAAUGAUUUUCUCCUGCUGCUUAUCAGUUUGAUAUUGCUACUCCAGAAGAUGCACUUGAAUGUUUUAAUUCACUUUAGUAUACAUCCAUGCCAAAACUGGCUGUAAAGUGAUAAAUCUCCAUAGAUUUCUCCUAGGUACUAAAGAUAACAGGGUUCCAAAUUCUUUACCUUAGCAGGAUUCUUUAAAAAAACAUACAGGUGAGAAAAUGUUCUCUAAGUGUUUUAAAAAGGGUAGCUGCAUCUACCAGUGAUAUUCCCAAAACCUUUGCAAAGUCAUUGCUUCCUCGGAUAAAAUCCGCCAUCCUUUUCCUAAGGGUGUUUUUCGUAUCUAAGCAAUUCAUUUUCCCAUUGGAUGUAUAAAAAGCAUUUUGUUUGUGGCUAGCUUACUACAUGAUCUAGUUUGUUUGGUUCAUUGACUUGAACUCUCAGUUAAUUACUGCAUGAAUUUUUGGGAGAGCUGCAAACUCAUCAGCUUAUGUGUCCCUUCCAAUCCCUGAUAAAUAGUAGGUUCCCUGUGGGAACACAGUUAGAAGCAGAUGACCUCAGCUUGCUUACAAGUUACAUUUUAGACCUACUGGUGGGUUGUUAGCCUUUUCAGUAAAUUUUAUUGAAAUUAACAGACAUAAAGCUGUAUCAAGAGUAGGGCUUAUUUUAUUUUAUUUUAUUUUUUAUCCCCGCACUGAAGAAAAUUCCUUGAAGGGUUUCCCUAAUAUAUAAACAAGAACACUCAUAAGGUACCUCUGCUCAAUUUGUAGAAGGUCUCACAGGUCUCAUCUAUAACAGUUGUAUAGGGAACUGCACUGUGAGUGUGGUUUUUAUUUGUGAAAACAAACUGCAUAUUUGAUGUUCGCAGGGUCCAUGUCUGAAGUGCUGAGUAAAUGCAGUAUAUUUGAAGGUGUCUGAAAAUUUCAAGGACUUUAUACAGGGGGCCCUUUACUUCUAUUGCUGCUAAAAUAAGCAUUGGCUUUUGUGAAUUUACUUUGUUUAGAAGCAAAAAUGAGAGUAUCAAGAUUUGUAACAGAAGUAUUAUUUUAAGAUAUAGCUUUUUUUAUUUUUACCUAUUUAAAUUCAAAUAAUGAAUGAAAUUUUUGUACAUUUGGACUAAAUAGUUAAAAACUGAUUCACUGAGAAUUCAGUCUGAGAAACCAAAACUAUUCAUGAAGUACAGAUUCAUGUUGUUUGUGAGAACAGUCUGAGUUGGAAAAUAAGAAAUCUCAAUAAGUUUAAAUAUUUCAAUUUUUUUGUUUGUUUGUUUUAAAGUGGUUAGAAAAUUAUUGAUGGGUUAAAUAAGCUUGUAGUGAAAUGAAAUGCUUUCGUUUACCCUAAGGAUUUUUUCUGUGAUUUAUUUUGCCAAUCACAGAAACUACGAAGUGUGUACGUAUUUGAUGCUGGUAUAAGCUCAGCACUGUAGCUUCUUAAGAGUUCCGCUGAAAUCUAGGAGCAUUCAGUCAGUGCUCAAUUUGGCCUUUUCAUUUUGUAGAAUGUGGUGCCAGUGUGUAUCUGUUGACAUAACUUAUUUGUUGUUGUUUUAGCAGCUGCAGAAAAAUGUUGGUUUGUAAAUUGUUGAGGUGUUUGAUCAGUGGAUGAAGCUCAUCAAUGUUUCAUUUUGUUAUGAGUAAAUGUAGCUUGUGUAGUUCAUACUGGUUGACUUGUAAAACAGGAAAAGUUUAUAUGUAUAUGUGAUCUCUAAUAUUUUGUGAACUAUUGUAAAUUGCAGAGCUUCAUUAAAGUCAUCAAACCGUG